AUGUUUGGUGCGCUUAAUCGAUUUAUCGGCCGGUUGGAUGGCGAGCCCGUCCAGCAGCCUCGGAAUGGUCCCAGCGACAACGCCUAUGGGUUUCAAGUACUCCGCAACAAAGACACCGAGCUACCCUUGGAGCCGUGGUUCGACUUUAUUGUAGGAAUUAACGGCCAUCCUAUUGAAGACCCAGACCCAAACCUCUUUGCGACAGAAGUGCGCAAUUGCGCCGGCUCGAGCUUGACACUGGAAAUAUGGAGUGCCAAGGGCCAAAGAACGCAUACCGUCACAGUUGCCGUACCGGCAACGACGCCCUCCCUCGGGCUCGCACUACAACUCGCCCCCCUUUCCUCCACCCAACACAUCUGGCAUAUUCUCGGGAUCCCAUCGCCAUUGAGCCCUGCCUAUCGUGCCGGCCUACUGCCACAUUCAGACUAUAUCAUUGGCACGCCAAGUGGGACAUUACGCGGGGAAUCUGCUCUCGGGGAGCUGGUCGAGGACCACCUUGACCGCACUCUCAUUCUGUGGGUAUACAACAGUGAAUUCGACGUCGUACGGGAGGUCGAGCUAGUCCCUACAAGAGGAUGGGGCGGCGAAGGUGCUCUUGGAGCUGAACUGGGCUACGGCGCUUUGCAUCGUCUACCUAUCGGACUGGGCGAGGAAGUCGAAGGACCUGGGGAGGUGGUUUUUGAGACGCGCGAAGAUGGAUAUCCCGCGCCAAUCCCAAAUUACAAUGGCGCCUCGGCGACAACAGAACCCUCUGCGCACUACUUAGUCCCAGCAAAUAUGGUAUCGCCUCCACCUCUUGCGUCUCAAACAAGAGUGACCUCGCCCCCGAGUGGGAUAUCGCCCGCGAGCAGACGGAGUGCAAAGGCGCGACAUGGUGUCUCGCCUAACAGAGCGUUUGAUGAUUACUUUGCCGAAGGCGAGCAGAAGAGUCGGGAGGAGGACUUUGCGCCUUCGCGGAAGGGAACACCUCUACCUCCUCCUCCCAAACUUGGUGCUUCACCUUCCAAUUCGGCCAGUCCAGCCCCGGUAACAGCCGAAGCAGCAGGGGAUGCGGAGGCGGCGGAGGGAGAACCGGGCCUGGCACAAGAAGAAUAA